GGUUAAGAAAAUUGCUGUGGAGACCUGUACGUGACUGCAUGGUGGGGAAAGAAUUAUGCAAAAGCUGACUAGCUGUUCUACCCUUCUAAGUAGGAUUUACAGGAUUGAAGCAAAUCUGCUGGAAUUCCUUGAUCUUAUUCUCGUUCGUUAUAGCCUAAAUAUUUUACCAGCUCUGUGUAUGAUUGCUGUUUCUUUUAGGGUUUCACUGAAGAUCUCUUACGGAGGAAAUACUGAUUAUUUUUUUUCUUGAUUUUCCUGAACUUCAGACCUCAGUCUCUCUGCUUAAGGGUAGGAAAUCUUCAGAAACUCUUGACAAACACAGAUGUAAAGAGAAUAGCUACAUUUAAUCUAAAGCAGUUGUCAUUUUUGACCUAACAGUCAAAGAAGUUUAAAAAGAUGAUUUAAUACCACUGUUUAUUUCUUUUUAGGCUGGCUGGCAUCUAGGCCCAGAACCAGAGGGAGAUUUAUUGAUUUUUUGUUUUGUUUGCUUAGAUUUGCAAAAUAGCUAUGAUUAUUCUGACUUUUUAAAAUACCCUUUGCUCCCUAAUACUCCUGUUGGAAAUGGGCUAUUGAUUAGUUUUUCUGUUGAGCAGAUAACCUUCAGUAUCUGCAUGCCUGAUGUCCUUAGAGGGUCAGAAUAAGAUUUAUAUUUCUAUAUUUAAAAAAUAUUUUUCUUUCUCCAUUUGCACCUUAGUUAUCAGUUAGAAACAGACUUAUUGUGCUUUUGUAAUUAGUCUGCAAACAAAGCUGAGAAGGAUUAACAAUUUCUACUGGCUACCAACAAGAAUUCAGUAGAUGCACAAGAGAAUAGCCGAUAGCAGCUCUGUAUAAGUGACAUUUUCACUAAAAUGAUCACUUGAGAAAGCAAAGAACCACCUCUGUUGAGGGAUGUGCACUUCCAUCAGUUUCUAAUCCUUAAUUAUGUUUGCCCUGCAUUCUCCGCUGAGGACAUGCAGCUAUGAGACUAGCAAAAGCACUAAGGCCCAGUUCCUGGUGCCAAGUCAGUCUUGUCAGUGACUUGGACCUGUUCUUAUUCCUAAUGUGGCAAGCAAAAUUACUUUCUUCGUAGCUUAGAGAGAUUAAGAUAUACCUUUAAUGGGAAGACUUGGUCUUCAGCUGGGUUCUAUGAAUAGUAGUCCUGCCAGUUCAGGAGUUUAAUUCCUGAGAUGUAAAUUUGUUUUAGAAGGCAGGUGUUUUGUUUUUUUUUGGAUUUGGAAGGGUCUAUGUGGAAUAAUCUGGAAAACAAAACACAAACAAAAAAGACAGACUGUUGGGAAUUGUAGAUUGUUACUAUAGAAUAUGCUUAUAUCGGGGUGAGAAGGUGAUUUAUGUUAACUAGUGGACUUUGAUAAUCACAGCUACUUCAAACUUGCACUUAUGGGAAAGUUCUAAAUAAGUAAUGUAUCUAGAGGUGAAGUAAAGCAUAUUUAAAGUGCCAUGGUUACAGUGGUAUGAUUUCCUUCUUGGUCAGUCUUAGACAAGGCUAAUUUAGUUUGUGGUGUCUUGGAAAUUGUUAAAGCUAAGAGAGUCCAGAGAAAACUGAUGCCAGUAUAACUAGAUGUAAAAUUGUGGUCACUUAAAUAGCAAAACCCUUCUGUGUAGGCAAAUAUUUUGAUAUUGUUUGACUCAUAGCAGAGUAUAAGCAAAUAAGGGAAAGAAGAGAUGCAUAGCCAUGAGAAGCUCUUUUUGUAUCUGAAAUCCAUCUCAAGGAAAUGUCAUUAGAAGUGCAAGAAAACCAGGGGGAGGUCUUUGCAAGAAGGAAAUAGUUACAAAAGAGGACCCACCAUAGAGGAGACUACUGCAAACACCAGUGUAUAUUGGCAUGGUUUGUUCAUCAGGACGCUGAAUAACAAACUUGGACUUCUCUUGCUUUUGGUGCACUGGUCUGUGUUUUCCUUUUGAGUAAAUCACUUCAAAAUAUCUAGAAAAGCCUUUACUUAAGAGGGAAGCAAGCUACUGUGAGAGAAGUCCAGUACAGGCUUUUGCUGUAGGUUCUAAACAAAAUUAGUACAUGUCAGAUAGAGGUCGAAUGCAUCUGUUCCUUUCCAGUUCUAACGGGUUAAAUAGAUGAGCAUCAUCUUGAGAGUUUUGAAGUGGCAUCAAAAACCUCUAAACUCCUGGCUAAGGAGUGGAGUUCUUUAAGUGCUGGUGGAUUUUCUGUUAUUGUUAGUAGUACAUCCUUUCCUCAUGUUUUCACGGGAGUAGUGGUUCUAAAAUUCCAACACAUUCUCAUCUUUGCUUUUUGUUUUGCUCCUUUUUACAAAUGCUGCUUGAGAGUUACAGAAUGCUAUAGCAUCUAAGCUAUUUCCAUCUUCUGUUGACCUGAUCAUCUGCCUCCUGAGCUACGAGGAUCAUAGGAUAUAGGAGAUUUGCUUCUAAUUAACUGAGUGUAAUUCUUUGCCAAAUCCACCGUGUCCAGAAUGCACUGUGGUACAAAUCCACUCAAGAAACUGCUCCCUCCUACCACUCACUCAGUCCUCCUGUGAAAGAUCCAGCUGUAGUGGAAUUUCAUUGCAUUUGAUGAGUGACUAAAGAUGAGGCAACACAAAACUGUCAUGUGAAGUGAGUAAUGGGCAAUAAGUGGGAAAAGAAAAAAAGAGGCUUUUCAUCAAGCCAAUGGAUUUGUAUCAGCCUGUUUCUUGUUUUUAUGCUGAAGGUGUCUUUGGAAAUGCUUCUCCGCAGGUUUGGCCAGAAGUGAGCUCAUUUCUUAAGGUGACCUUCGUGGGUUAUGCUGCAGAACACUAAGAGUUAAUCCCUCCAUAAUCAGAAUAUAAAUGCAGGAAAUGUUCAUUAGACUGAGCUAAGGAGCAGCAUGGGGAACAUGUUAAAAAAAUAUAUAAAUCAAAAAUUGAACAGCUUCAAAUUGAGCAUUAGCCUUCUUAGAUUUAAUAAUGUUUAAAACUUCUGUUAUAGCCUUUAGCUCUAAUUUAUAUGAAGGAGCAGUAAGCUGGAAAAAAUAAGAUUAUUUGUAGCAAUAAAAUAAUGAUUAAUCCUCUAGAAAUCACCCUAGCCAAUCAAAUAAAAAAUCAUGUUACAGUCCAAGGUCAAGAAGACACUUGAUGAAAAAGAUCUCUGGAGGCUAUACCCUUAAUGACAAGAUGCAGAGCUGAAAAGUGGGAAUGCAUCCUAGAGAGGGCUGUGACACUUGUUUUUUUUCUCCUGGGGAAAUCUGGAAGCUUCUUAAAAUAAUUUUCUGGGACCCGUUUACCUGUGUUCAAGCCUGAGGAAAGUCUGACCUCAGGAAGCUGCAAGCAGCUAAUCAAGGAGGCAGCGGAGGGGGGAUAAAGUCCAGAUUCCUUCCAACAAGUAUAAUCUCUGGCAAAUGUGCGUGUACGAGCCGUUUCCUUUUUCAGUUUCACUGCUGGAGCUGUUGCAGGAGGAAGCCCCAGAUCCCUGCUGCUGCUGCAGCCUUUGUGCUUACGGGAGAGAAGGAAGAGUCAGCUGUGGAAAAAAGGAAUUUCAGGAGAAGAGAGCGGCUGGGCAGACAGCAGUGGAGAGGCGGAGGCUGGCACUCGGGAGAAAAGCAUACCCACAGCAAAACGAGAGGCUGGGACAGCGAGCAAAAGGGAGGGGACAGCUGAGGUGCCGGAGCAAGCUGAGGGCUGUGCCCUACCCGUCUGCGCUUGCCUCCUGCUGUUUUUAAAGGUGAUAGAGAAAUUCUGGGGCAUGUUCUCCUCCCUUAUUUCUCUCCCUUCCUUUUCCCUUUCUGAGGAGAAGAGUCAAGCAGAAGAGAUGGGGAGAGGAAGAGGACAGUGAAAUUUUAAGAUGCUCUUGGGAACUUUGAUUCCUUCCCUUCCAUCCCUUUCCCCACGCAGAAAUGAAAGAGGCAUCCCACUACCUCCGAUGUGUAGCAGCUAGUGCCCUGCACCUGGGGAAACCGAGCUGGAGAGCAAGAAGAGGAGGCAGCAGCUGAGCCCAGCGGCAAAAUGAGACUGUGAAGCUUGAAAGAGCUUCUGCCCACUUUGAACAGGAAGGAUGAAGAUUCCUAAAGUACUCACGCUCUUGGUAGAGCUCUCGAGUCUGUUAUCCUGUCUCAGAAGCAGGGAGGCUCUCCUGGGAUCCCAGCCCAGCCAAAACCAUUUGCAGAGUGCAGUGUCCAGCGUGUGUGGCAUCGGACCUCUUGGGUAUUACAACGGCUCGCUGGCAGUCACUGAGGCUGGGGCAGAGUGCCUGAACUGGGCAGAUUUCCCUGACUAUGUGCAGCAGUACCCAGACCGUGGCUUAGGGGACCACAACCACUGCAGGAACCCAGAAGGGGGAACUACACCCUGGUGCUUCUACCGGCUUGCAUCAGGGACUAUCGGCUGGGCUAACUGUGACUGUAACCAGGGUGCUGUGCGGUUGGCUGAAGAUAGUAGUGUGGAGCUCUACUUUGGUGGACUCUGGGGCACCAUCUGUGCUGACCACUGGACGGACUGGGAUGCCAGUGUUGUCUGCAGGCAACUAGGUCUCAGUGAGAUUGGCACAGCUGGAAAGAAGAGUCAUCCUGGACUGUGGCCUAUUCCCCUGCACCUGCAGUCAGCAAACUGCCAUGGGGAUGAGAAAGCCCUGCUGCAAUGUGGCUAUCAGGAAGCUGUGUCAGGAACUUGUAACCAGGGAAGCGCCAUGGCAAUGUGUGUCCCUCCAGAAGGUGUAGGUGUCCCAUUGCGUUUAGUUGGGGGAAAGGAGAGCUUUGAAGGACGAGUAGAGGUUUACCACGAUGGCAAGUGGGGUACCAUCUGUGAUGACCAGUGGGAUGACCGGGAUGCUGAAGUGGUUUGUAGGCAGCUUGGACUCAGUGGGAACCCAAAAGCCUUGUCAUGGGCUCACUUUGGGCAGGGAUCUGGCCCAAUCCUGCUGGAUGAAGUGGAGUGCUCAGGCAAUGAACUCUCACUUGACCAGUGCAAGAAAAGUGACUGGGGACAACAAAACUGUGACCACAUUGAAGAUGCUGGGGUCUCCUGUGACCCUUUCACAGAGGGCACUGUCAGGCUGGCUGGUGGUCGCAGCUCCAGCGAAGGCAGGGUGGAAGUUUAUUACAACGGAGACUGGGGCACAGUGUGUGAUGACGGCUGGACAGACCUUGGUGCCCAGGUGGUCUGCAGGCAGCUGGGCUUCAGUGGUCCUGCUACCCUGGCCUCUGAAGGGGACUACGCUGCUGGCCAAGGCUUGAUCUUGCUGGAUGAUGUGGCUUGUGUGGGGACAGAGCUCUCCCUCCUGGACUGUCCCCAUAGCAACUGGGGGCAGCACGACUGCUCGCACACUGAGGACGUGGGGGUCCGCUGCUCCCCUGAGAGCAACACAGUCGCUGAUGGCAGCCUGGGGCCUCCUGUGCGGUUAGUGGAUGGAGAAAGCACCAAGGAGGGACGGGUUGAAGUAUUUGUGAAUGGGCAGUGGGGCAGCGUCUGUGAUGAUGGCUGGACAGACAGAGAUGCUGCAGUAGUUUGCAGGCAACUUGGUUUCAGUGGUACAGCAAAAGCCAGGGCAAUGGCUUAUUUUGGUGAAGGCCAAGGGCCCAUCCAUCUGAACAAUGUAGAAUGCAGUGGCGUGGAGCACACCCUGGGACAGUGUGGCAGGCCUGACACUGGGAUUCACGGCUGCUGGCACAGUGAAGAUGCUGGUGUGAUCUGUGACUAUGUGGAAGAGAAGGUCCAAGAUAUGAGGAGAACAGGUCCAGAGUCUGGUGUGUGUGGCAUGCGCCUGCUUCACCGUCGCAAGAAAAGGAUCAUAGGUGGAAACAAGGCUCUCAGAGGCGGUUGGCCGUGGCAGGUCUCACUGCGGCUGAAGGGUUUUCAUAGAGAUACCCGACUGCUGUGUGGGGCAACACUGAUCAGCAGCUGCUGGGUAGUGACUGCAGCCCACUGCUUCAAAAGGUUUGGUGUUGAUGUACGACGCUACCUGCUGCGGGUGGGCGAUUACCACACAGGUGUGAAGGAUGAGUUUGAGAGGGAGCUGCCUGUGGAGAGGAUUGUCCUCCACAGGAACUACUGGGCCGGCAGCAAUGAUAACGACAUUGCCCUGGUCCGAAUGCGGGGCAGAGAAGGUCACUGUCUCUCCUUCAAUCACCACGUUCUGCCUGUCUGCCUUCCUGAUAGGAAAGAGAAGUCUGACAUCAACAGGCAAGCCUGCAUCAUCUCUGGCUGGGGAGACACAGGGAAGUCCUAUUCGAGAACACUACUGCAGGGGGUGGUGCCUCUUCUCCCCCGGGAAGAUUGUGAGGCCCGCUAUGGACAGAAGUUCACUAACCGCAUGAUUUGUGCCGGGAACCUCUCUGAAGAUAAACGGGUGGACAGCUGCCAGGGUGACAGUGGAGGCCCACUCAUGUGUCAGAGGUCAAAUGGACGUUGGAUCAUUUUGGGAAUCACUUCCUGGGGUUAUGGCUGUGGUCGAAAGGAUUCCCCUGGUGUGUACACAAAGGUCAGCAAAUACGUACCCUGGAUCAAGAAAGUGACCAAGCUAAAAUGAAAAUGUCUGAGCCCUAGAAACUUCAAUGUACUGUUCUUCUGCCCUGCAGCAGCUGAAGGCUGUGGCUUCUGGCCUGUGACUGGUGGAGGUUUAUGUUGUCAUUUGGACGCUGGGAAAAGACUUUAAUAUAGAACUGGGAUAAAACCAGUUAUGGAUGAUUCUUUCUUUGGUUUCCUUUUAGUCCCAAAUAUCUGAGCAGAGAAAGCAGGUGUACACUGGUAGGGCAAAUAAGUCUGUGUUGCUCUGACCAUCCAAGUCCUGUAAGGCAGUUGCAGUUACUCCUUUGCCCUGGCUCACAGAAAAGGUAGAAUUGGAGAUGCCUGUCUCAGUAAAUCUAUUACCCAAUUUUUCUAUGUUUAACAUUUGAAAAACACUGAAAGGGGAGGUGAGAUGCUCGGAGAUGGCAACAGGCUCUGGCAUAGUGGAAAUCUUCAGAUAUUUUUUCAUAAAGUGUCUCUCUUCAGUUGCAGGAAUCAGAAGAUUUGACCUGAGCUGAUCAACAGGCUCAGUUGGGUUCUUUUUCCUUCCUUGUUAGAUCUCUAGGGGGAACCUUUUCACUUCUGAAUAGCAGAUCCUCUGCAACAUGAUUCCUUUAGUGUCUGUCCCUCCUAAGAGGUGCUUAUCCCUCCAGUUGUAAUCCCAUGCCACACAUUUCUGGUUGUCGGAUGCUAUGGUUUUGUUGCUGCUUUCUCAAUAUAGUGAUUCUUUGGUGUUUGUUUUUCCAUAAAGUAGUGUCUCCAGAAAUCAGUUGUUUGUGUGAGAGUAAAUCUUCAUUUUUAAGAGACAACAGCUUUCUUGCCCUCAUGAUUACUGUGAAUAAUUUAAAAAUGUGACCCCAAAAGGCUGAAUAGACAUGUUACUUUCCUUUAAAUCCAAAUAUAAUGUUAAUCUCAAACAGGUGUUGACACAAUUUAACAGCAUGGCAGGGACUUUCUCUUGGUACCUUAGUCAUCAUAGUUAUUAACUGCCCUUUAUUUGUGCUCUUAGUCUUUAACAUCUCUGUGUUCACAGUUCUCCCGUGAAACAUGGGAAUACGCUGGGGUAUAGGUACAGAACAAACACAAGGAGUGAGUAAUUUGCUUGAGGUGUAAAACAGCAAGCGUGCUGCGAAGCAGCUUCCUGCUUUUCUGAAGUGUGUGCUAUUCUUGCAACCUUUGGACUAUGCUUCCUCUCUUCUCUCUGCACUAUUUCUCUUCUCAUUCCUCUCAGUGAAAGUAAACUGGUUUAAGAGUAUGAGAGCAGUGCCAUUAAGCUAUAGUUUAGGCUCAGACCUUUCAGCCUGAACAGAUAAAAUACUGAGAGAAAGCAGGGGUUGUUGAAUACUUCAAUUUCUUCCUUCCCUCUUAUCAAAACAAGUGAAUAGUUUCCUACUCUUAGGUCUUCCUUACUUUUGGAAGCUAACUUAUUGUUCUUGAGUGCGUAAAGAAAUAUACAAAUAGAGGGGCUAAGUGUGUUAACAGCUGUGCAAUGCACAACAGUGUGUUCUAGCUGUGUGGCCAAGCCAGAGAGAAGUCUGUUCAGGAGCAGCUUUGCUGCAUAACUGAUGAUCCAAACAUAGCCUAAUAAAAUGGUAUGGGACAUGUGGAACUUGUGCCAAAUGUGCAUGUUUGGGGCUCCCUCAUGCACCGUGGUGUGGGCAUUGAUUGGGUCAGACACUGGCCUGCUGUCUGGGAGGUGUGGACUCCAGGCACUGAGGUGUUCGGUACCUAGGGAUUAGCAAGGCGAGAACGGAAGGCAGAGUGCAGCCUGUGGAUUAGCCGUGUCAUCUCACUGGACGGGUGGUGACAGCGUCCUAGAAAUUGUCUUGGAUUCAACUAGCAGUGGUUGCCUAAAGUUUUCAUCUGUCAUCUAUAAAGCAGCUUAAUCUAAAGGUGCUGACCUGGUGAGGUAUCUGGUUGUUGUGCGUGAAUGUUAAACCAAACAGUUGCAUUUACUCUCUCCAGUAGAUUACAAGGCAGUUGGGUUACAGCUGCUGCAAUGGGCUGUUUAAAUAUCCUGCUUGGAAACUUUACUUUGAAAAAGAAUUAUAGGAAUCUCUAAAACAUGCAGUGUAAGAACCCCUGCAAAUUGGCACUUGAGACUGAUCUGAUCUGUUGGUGCCUCUUCUCGUGGGGCUGAAUGUCUGCAGUUGGCUUGUGCUGAUAACCCUGUCUGAAGAGCCAGGUUUGGUCCUUCAGUAGUGCCCUGCUUGGCUCCAUGCUGGCUAAGUUGUCCUACACCUGCUGGCAGAGAGUCCCUAAGAAAUAAGCUGAAGACUGUUCCUUAUCACCCAGGAAUUAAAACAAAAGGAGGACCGAGGACAAUUACAUUACAGACCUCUUGUCUUGCAGGGCGUUAAAUCCCAAGUUCCACGCCAGCAGUAGCAGUACCUGUUUGGGAAUAGAAAGGGAUUUGGCUUUAACUGUCAGCUUCCCAAACCAGAAUGCUGCAGGUGCCUUGAGUGCUGUCACACCUCUAGCUUAACCUGGUUUGAUCUUCCAGCUCAUGCCUAUAACCCAAAGAGGCAUAGAAAUUUAGAAAGGAUUGAAACUGUAAGAUUAUUUCCUUAAGCCUACUGGUUGCCGUUCAGGAGUUAUUAAAAAUGACCAUGUAACAAGUAUGAGACAGGCCUGGCAGUGUAACCUGAGAUUCCCAUGUUCCAGCCCAAAAUAUUUCUCUUGGAUUUUGUCACCGUGAAAACUGUGAGAAUCAUUGUAGCUAAUGUUCUGUGAGUCCUGCAGGAGCCAGGAGGAGGGAAAGAAGUAUCUUAUCUCCAUCUAAUUUUGCACCUUACUUGUACUGUAUGCAAGCCUGCAAAUACUCUCCUCAGUUGUCCUGACCUGUUUCAGAACACCACUAUCGCUCUUUGCAGCCCAAGCCAAACUCACGUACUUUGCCGCUGGGCUUACUGGAAUUAUCUGGUUGGAUGAGUAGCACCCAGCUACUCAGGACUUGUAUUUUGUACCUAAUGUUGCCCAGCAGCAGACAUUUCAAAGGACAGUGCGUGUGCAUUUUUACUGAGCAAGUUUUAACAGCCUUCUCUUUUGGGAAAUUUUGUGGCCCGUUUAAGUUAAUCACUUGCAUUGCUAUCAUGAUUAAAAUAAAAGUGCAAGUACUCAGCCUUCUAGGUAUUGCACAAACACUGUGCACUAUUUUUUUUAAAUUUUCCUAAAUGUCAGAGUUCAUCUCCCUAACUUUUUAAAAAAUGUUUAAUCUAACCAAAUUUCAUAUUCCAUAUAAAUGUUUAAUCUCUUCUUUAAUCCAACUAAGCCUCAGUGUUUUCUGGCAAUGAGAACCAAUAUCAUUUUAUACUCUGUAGCACAUUGUUUCUUUUUAUAGAUCCAGAAUGAAUUGCCUUUUGUUUUCAUUGAAUCCCAUCUAUCCAUGUGUUCUCAGCUGUAAGUGGAAAUAAGGGGCCUUGCUUUAUAUUGUCAUCUUUUACUCUACAGAUAGUUCCCUUCCUAAAACUGUGGCUUCUCUGUUUCUCUUCAACUCAAACUGUCCAUCUAUCUGAUAAGAUGCUAACUGUCUCUCCAUGCCUUCUCUUUCUGCUGGUGUUUAAGCUUUGGUAGCCAGAACUGAAUACAGUUUGAGAAAAUAAUCUGCUGAUGAUUUUCAGUACUGUUUUCUAUAGUAGGCAAUGCUGUAAGUGAUUUCAGCACUGUAUGUAUAUUACGUAUGUAUACUGGAGGUAACUUUAAACUUGCUGGUAUAGUUUUGGUGGCAGCUACAAUGGGGAGAACACCAGCCAAGGUCAAUUUACCCUGUGUCUCCGGCAGGUGCAGCAGCACCUCUAAGCUCAGAGCAGUUGCUGUAGGUAUGUCUGUGGAGCAUAACGCAGCUCUGGGCAGAGAACACCUGCUGAUCUGUGUGGAGUGUUGCCCUGGCUGACAUACCUGUAGGACAGAGGCAGUCUGUCUUAGCAGCAUUAGUCAGUGGAAUGAGGCAGCGCUCCUAGGAGCUGACAGCUCAGUUACUCUUGCUGGCAACUGCACUGUGCCAUGGGAACGCUGUGUGAGACAAGUUCCUGUAGCAACGUGGUACACACUGGCUGUGUGAGACAGACAGGUGACUAGGUGGUGUGUAUGUGAAGUGUCGAAGGAGCAGCUAUUAAUGCUCCGGUUACCCCUCUUCCUAAGAGAAUGCCCUGGUGCUCUGCGAAGGCUGACCCAGUGCUGGUGUUGCCCUGACCUGUAGUGCCUGCCUGGGUACCCUCGUCUGCCCUGUCUUGACACCAACACAGGCUUUGGCCAGCUGAAGCUGGGUUAAAGAUUUAACCUAUUCGUGCAGUUGAAUGCUGUUCAGAGGAUUUCUAGGAGUUGUUCUGUGCUAUAAUUAAUCAGGCAGCUGUUUAUGAACCUGGACAGAAUGUCAAUUACUCUUGUAAUCCUUGUACCUUUAUAGCAGAGAAUAGUAGAUCAGUUCCUCAAAGGUAUUAGCGGAGUGAUUGGUUAGGAGACGGGAACAUGGAUAUUUGCGUUCUCAGGGGUAGGAGAACUAGGCUUGCUUUUUGUCUAUCUGCCUUCCUUUCUGAAACCAAUAUCCUGAAGUUGUGAUGAUCCAUCAGUCACUUGAAGACAACUUUUUAUGUGUAUCUUCAACAAUCAGAGGAAAGCUUUUGGCAGAUGAACUGUAUUUAAGUAACACCAUAGUUGAUAGAUUUGCUGGGAGUUUCUUGUACCUAGAGAAUGUGGACACAGGAACAGAAGAGCCCCUGGUGGUUACCAGCUGGGGACAGCUCCCUGUGCAAUGAGGCAUUGUGACUUGGACCAAUGUCUUGGGCUUUAAUUAUUCAAGAAAAUGUUUAAUUCCCUACAUCGAGGAGGAACACUCAGCCCACUCAGUCCUAUUAAAACCCCUUUCUACUAACUGGGGACUGAGUACCUCUAAAAUCAGGCUGUUGCCAAAACUGUUGAGUCCCUUGGAUCAACACCAAUGGCUCAUGAGAUAUGUUAAUAAAUGGAUUAUACUGUGACUGUGUGGGGCUCUGUCUUAUUUUUAAUAAAGGAACCUGUUCCAAGGGCA